GGAGAUCCAUUCCAGCAACAAUUCCAUUCUCAUUUUCUGACAGCCGCCGUUGCGGUUCUCUCUUCUCUCGACGGAAGACAACGAACGACAGAAACAAAAAAUCUCUUACUGUUCGCUUUUUCAGAUUGUUUAGUCUAUCUGUUCCUUCCUUCGCAUCCGAGCUGGAGUGAUGUCGAGGGCUCGGGUCUAUACCGAUGUUAAUGUUCACCGUCCUAGAGAAUACUGGGACUACGAGUCUCUCACCGUUCAAUGGGGUGAUCAGGAUGAUUAUGAGGUUGUUCGCAAGGUUGGAAGAGGGAAAUAUAGUGAAGUUUUCGAAGGCAUAAAUGUCGCAACUAAUGACAAAUGUAUUAUCAAGAUCCUCAAGCCUGUUAAAAAGAAGAAGAUAAAAAGAGAGAUAAAAAUACUUCAAAAUCUUUGUGGAGGACCAAAUAUUGUGAAGCUUUUUGACAUUGUUAGAGAUCAACACUCAAAAACACCAAGCUUGAUAUUUGAAUACGUGAAUAGCACGGAUUUCAAGGUUCUAUACCCAACACUGACAGACUAUGAUAUUCGUUACUACAUCUACGAGCUUCUCAAGGCUUUGGAUUAUUGCCAUUCACAAGGCAUAAUGCACAGAGAUGUCAAACCUCACAAUGUCAUGAUUGACCAUGAACUAAGAAAGCUUCGUCUGAUUGAUUGGGGACUUGCUGAGUUCUAUCAUCCGGGGAAGGAAUACAACGUUCGAGUUGCUUCAAGGUAUUUUAAGGGACCCGAACUCCUUGUUGAUUUACAGGAUUAUGACUAUUCCUUGGACUUGUGGAGCCUGGGGUGUAUGUUUGCAGGAAUGAUAUUCCGUAAGGAACCAUUUUUUUAUGGUCAUGAUAAUCAAGAUCAGCUUGUGAAGAUUGCCAAGGUGUUGGGCACAGAUGAACUGACUGCAUAUUUGAAUAAAUAUCAUCUUGAGCUUGAUCCUCAACUUGAGUCCCUUGUUGGAAGGCACAGCAGGAAGCCCUGGUCGAGAUUUAUUGGUGCGGAGAAUCAACAUCUGGUUUCACCCGAGGCCAUUGAUUUUCUAGACAAGCUUCUUCGUUAUGACCACCAAGAUAGGCUCACCGCAAAAGAAGCAAUGGCACAUCCAUAUUUCCAUCAAGUGAGAGCUGCUGAAAAUAGCAGGAUGCGAACAACAACAGGGCAAUGACCAUAACUUUCUUCCUUUUUAACCUCAAUGGUAUGUAUUCCUUGAGGCGAUAACUAACUUAAAUAGAAAUUAAAAAGAAAAAGAUGGUUGGAGUAGUAUUUUGAUGAUGUUAAGAGAAUGGUUUUGAUUUCGGGUUUUGGGGAUCUCCUAGGUAUGUCCAAUCUUGAGAGACAUAUUCAUAUGUUUUUUUUUUUUUUGCAUUUGAAUGUUUUAUGAAUUAUGAUGAUGGUUAAUUUCUUGGAAGAAUUUUUGAAUAGUGAAUUUGAACAUUCAUUCAUCAUCA